ACUUGGUUACUGUAAAAGCACUGGUGGUUUUAAAUCGCUGUGAGGAUCAGUGUUUGUCGACUCAGUCUCACACACCCUCUGCUCUCUUCACUCAGCCACGCUCAAACCCGUCUAGCAACACAAAUUUGGCCACAUUUCUUUCUCACCCUGACACAACAGCACUACAGGUCUAAAGUAUGGGGCUGACACAUCCUGGAUUAAUCGAGGGACAGACAUAGCUAAUAGUUCAUUAUUAGUGUGAAUUCUCCUGUUAUCCCAGAGCUCACCGAAGAAGGAGUCGAGGGAUUGUUCUGCUUUCCAAUGAUCUCAUGAUGGCUAUAUAUGAGCUUUGAUUUCCUGUUUGCACCGAACACCAGCCACAGGUUUGGGAUCAGCAGACGUGGGCCACUAUGUCACUUUCACAGCAGGUUCUGGUGAAAUUUGAAUACAAUUACACCACUCGAGAUGGCAGAGAGGUGUCCAUCAAACCCAACGAGCACUACACCCUGGUAGCCAAGACCAAUGAAGCCUGGUGGCACGUUCGGAGGCACGAGACGGACAAGCCUUUUUUCAUUCCAGCUAUGUAUGUGACCGAGCUCCCACCUGAAACAAACCAAACUCCUCUGGACCCUCCAGAAGAGUUUGGUGGAUUGAAACCAGUCAAGCCCAGCUCCGAGACAGCUCCUGAUAGUCUUCCCACCAACAUUAAACCUGCUGAGGUCACGCUUCGAGUCCCUGACUCCAUAAAACAAGACUCGGAGAAAGACGGCCAUAGAAUAUCAACAUAUAUCAUUCCAAAGGAAUUCUUUGAACUGAAGGGUUUGGAUCCAGACCCUUUAAAGGUUGAAGCAGAGGUUGUUCCUGUGCCUGAACUCCAGCUUUAUGACAAUGUUUCUUUCAACCCUGGUUCUCCAUCUAAUGGGCAAACACCACCCUCUAUCUUAUUGACACCUGCUUUUACAGAUACCACCUCAGAAUUGGAGAUCAAAUCAAUUGAGAGUCCAAAGGAGUCAAUAGAGAGUCCUCGGGUGAACUCAAAUUCCUUAGACCAAGAUAUUCAAAUGCUCAUUAGAGCUGGCUGGAGUAAAGACAUGUGGAACCUCAUGGAUACAGACACGAAUGUGUAUGAAAGUAUAAAUAUGGUGAGAGAACCAGAAUCCUCAAAACCUGAUGAGAAUAUGACCAUAAAGACACAGAGUUCGCCGGUCCUAAGCCCUGUUUCACCAGAUAAGCCUCUGGUAGAGGAUGACAACAAUCUCACAGCGGUGUAUGUAAACAUCCCACGUGUGCGUCGGAGUACCAUUGGCACCUCCAGUCCCAUAACUCCUCCAUUACAGAACUUCCCGGACCCUCCCGAUACCCUCCUUUUGGACUCUGCGGGAUGGGAGGUCCAUACUGACGACCAGAGUGGGCAAGAGUACUACUUCCAUCCCUCCACGGGCCGGAGCACCUGGGACUUUCCCCUCAGUUUCUCCAUGGAUUCGUCAGUGGCGACGGAAGAGGCCCGUUCUCCUCCCUCUUUCCCCCAGUCUCCCACUUGCUCGCCCGCAGGCCCUUCUCCUCAGAGAUGGAGCUCGGACUGGGAGAAAUUGCUGGAUGACAAUACUGGCAGACAUUACUUCUUUAACUCCGUGUCGGGCCAGAGCUCAUGGGAUCCCCCGGAGGACAUCAGCUCACCAGGGAACGCAACAUGUCAGGAAGAUUUCCCGCUUCCGCUUCCUGAGGAAGACUACCCAGCAUCGCCAGAACUGGAGGAAUCGUCUCCUCUCUCUAUGUCAGCAGAAUAUUCUUUGAUUAAUAUGAAGAAGGUCUUUAUUCCCAGAGUAAGUCUGGAUCAAAGCACCCCGCCAGGAUGGACCCUCAGCAUUGACCCUGAAGGAACUUGGGUCUUCACAAGCCACUUCACGCAGGAACAGUGGAUUAAGUCGCUAGAUGAUCGAGGGCGGACGUACUACUACCUAAGAGACGGCAGCAAGUCCCAGUGGAACUUACCUGAGUACUCUGGAAAUCCAGGGAAGUAUGGAGUCUCAGGAGAGCAGGACUCAAUGGGAUCGAAGCAAAGCUGGAGACACAGUACUGGAUACCAGGAAGAUAAGAGUCAUUCAUCAUACCCUCUGAAUAGAUCAGAUAGUGACGCCUCGAACUCUCCUGAGAUGCCACAUAAUGUUUCAAACUUGGAAAAGGCUGGAAUCCUGAACAAAACAAAAGUGUCUGAAAACGGGAAGAAAAUUAGGAAGAACUGGGGUAAUUCCUGGACGGUUCUCCAUGGAGGAAUACUGACUUUCCAUAAGGACCCAAAGUCCACGCCAACCGGAGCAUCGAGCAAGACCAAUCAUAUAGUCCCAGAAUUCACAGUUGAUCUGAAAGGGGCUACAAUUGGUUGGGCAACCAAGGACAAGUCAAGCAAGAAAAAUGUCUUUGAGCUGAAGAGUCGGAACGGCGCAGAGUACUUGAUCCAGUACGACACUGAAAGCAUCAUCACUGACUGGUAUAAAGUCAUCGUAGAUACCAUAAACCAGCUGGAUUUGGAUCAGCAUCACUCUGAAGAUGAGGAGGAAAUCAGUGAGAAGUCCUCAAGCUUAGACAGAGAGGAAAAAGCCUUUGACAAAAGAACUAUGAGCAAUGCAUCUCGAAUGACUUCUGAAGCCGAUCAGAAGAAGGUUCGCUCCAAACUGAAGAAGUUUCUCCUCAAGCGGCCCACCCUGCAGUCAGUCAAAGAGAAGGGAUAUAUCAGAGAAAAUGUAUUUGGAUGCCACUUGCACAAUCUCUGUAACCAGGAGAACACGACAGUGCCCAGCUUUGUGGAGAAAUGCAUCCGGGCGGUAGAGAAAAGAGGUCUGGGGAUCGAUGGACUCUACAGAGUUAGUGGGAAUUUGGCAGUUAUCCAGAAACUGCGUUUCAAAGCAGAUCAUGAGGAUCUGGACCUAGAGGAGAGUAACUGGGAUAUCCAUGUGAUCACAGGAGCACUGAAGCUCUUCUUCAGAGAGCUGCAGGAGCCUCUGUUCCCUUACAAUCUCUUCAAUGAUUUCAUCUUUGGCAUCAAAAUCCCUGAUUAUUUAAAAAAGAUCACACACAUGACAAAUAUUGUACGGUCUUUGCCAGCACCCAACCGUGACACAAUGGAGGCCCUCUUCAGCCAUUUACGCAAGGUCGUUCAACAUGGUAAUGAGAACAGAAUGACUGUGCAGAAUGUGGCUAUCGUCUUCGGCCCAACGUUACUCAAACCAGAGGUGGAGACAGCGAACAUCACCACAUACAUGGUCUUCCAGAACCAGAUUGUAGAAUUCUUACUCAAUGAAUUUGAGUCGAUCUUCCACAUGUGAUUGACUUGAACUUGCACUGAAUAAAAAAUUUAAAAAAACUCACAAAUGCUGGAGAUAGUGGGAAAGAAGGUGUAAAACUAAUCUUAGUCCAGUGAGAAGGACAUUAUGUAUCAGUUCUGUGAAGAAAAGCCUCUGACUGGCACAUUAUGCAGAAGGUUAUUAAUAGAUAUGCUACAAAAAUCUAGAAAAGUAGCCUCCAUGAUUCAUUUAUUAAUAUCACUGAAACGGAAUGAAGGUUUUACAUGAACAGUUUAAAUAUUGAAUCGGCAAUACACAUUUUAGUAUAGUUUAAAUAUUUUGAUGUUUCUUUUUAGAAUUAGGGAGAGCUCCCAUCACAGAACGUUUUCUAAGAAUAUUUGUGAGCUUUCUUUUUAAAAUAGUUAAUCAGCUGCGACUGGCUUUUCUUGCUACAAACGAAAGAAAUCAGUUAAAUAAUAAUUUAGUUUAACUUUGCUUUUCUGUGGUCUAUUGCCUUUCUAGAGUCCUGUGAAACACUGUACAUGUUUUUAUCCCAUUCCUUGACAAUGUGACAAUAGAUGAAAGAUAUUAAAGUACAACAUUUUUAUGUUUAGGUAUCAAUUUGAGUUUUUCUUCGUUGUAAACUUGCAUCUGUAACAUAGAACUUUACAAAGAAAAUACAUACUGCAGGCCUGUAAUUGUAAACUGGAAAUGCUAAGUUGUAAGACUUGUACAUUGUCAUUAAAGGCAGAAUAUUUUAGGUUUGGUGGUACCAAAAUAUAGAAUCUGUGAAAUAGAAUUUGCACAUAGCAUUAAUAUUUUAUGAAAAUUGGCACACUUAUAUGUAAUAAUCAUUGUAAGAUGUUUAAAGGUGUGUGUAUAUAGAAAAGGCAUAUUUAUGCUGUACAUUACCCGAAGCAAGCUUUUAAUAAAGUAACUCUUUUAUAAA